AUGUCCAAAUCAUCACUGAGCUGGGAUUCAUUAAAUUAUGAUUUACAACCAUGGAUUAGAACAGCUAUAGAAAUUAUGGGCUUUGACUAUAUGACACCUGUCCAAGCAUCCACUAUUCCUAUGUUUGCAGGAAAUAAAGAUGUUGUUGUAGACUCAGUCACUGGAUCAGGAAAAACCUUAGCAUUUGUAAUUCCUAUUUUAGAAAAAAUUAUUAAAGAAAAUGUUUUGCAAGAUUGUAAAAAAGGUCAUUUCCAUUCUCUAAUUAUAGCGCCAACAAGAGAAUUGGCCAAGCAAAUUCAAUCUGUGAUAAAUUCAUUCCUUGAACACUAUGAUUCCAAUAAAAUUAAAGCUCAGGUACUAGUAGGUACAAAUGAACAUACUAUUAGAGAAGAUGUUAACAUGUUUUUAGAAGAAAAACCCUUGAUAUUGGUGGGUACCCCUGGAAGAAUUUUGGAAUUUAUUCAAUCUCCCUAUGUUAAAACACAGUCAUGUAGUACACUUGUAUUGGACGAAGCCGAUAGAUUAUUAGAUAUAAGUUUUGUAAAAGAUGUUGAAAAAAUAUUAAAUCUACUGCCAAAACAAAGAAGAACAGGUUUAUUCUCUGCCACUAUCGAUAGUGCAGGUUCUAAUAUCUUUAAGACUGGGCUAAGAAAUCCUGUUAAAAUUAAAGUUAAUUCUACAAAUAGUCAAGCCGCACCAUCAUCUUUGAAAUUGAACUAUUGUGUAAUAGAACCUCAAUAUAAAUUACAACAAUUAUUACAUAUUUUGAAUAAGUUCAAAUUUAAAAAAUGCAUUGUUUAUUUUCCAACAUGCAUUUCAGUGACAUAUUUUUAUUCAUUUAUUCAAUAUUUACAAAAAUCUAAAUUUGAAGUUAAUAAUAUUAUAAAUGAAGAUUUACUGAUAUUUUCAUUGCAUGGGAAAUUACAAACCACUUCUAGAAUGAAAACAUUGCAAUCUUUUACAGAUGCAUUAAGUGAUGCUGUUUUAUUCACUACUGAUGUAGCAGCUAGAGGUAUAGAUAUUCCUAACGUAGAUCUUGUUAUACAAUUAGACCCUCCAAACGAUACUGAUUUAUUUUUACAUAGAUGUGGUAGAACUGGUCGAGCAAAUAGAAUUGGUAAAGCCUUAACCUUCAUUAACAAAGGUAGAGAAGAAGAUUUCAUACCCUUUAUGGAAGUAAAGAAAAUCUACUUAGAAGAAGAUUCAUCCAUGUUGAAUAACGAGCUUACUAACCAUGAAAGUAGUGAGAGGGAUGUAGUAGAAGAUAAGUUUUAUGAAUUAUUCAAGAAGUGGAUUCUUCAAGAUAGAUCUAGAUUUGACCAUGCAAUAAAAUCAUAUGUAGCUUUUAUUAGAUAUUAUUCGAAUCAUUCGGCCAGCUCAAUUUUCAGAUUACAAUCAUUUGAUUAUAUUGGUACAGCAAAGAUGUAUGGACUGUUUAGAUUACCUAGAAUGCCUGAGAUUACCAAGUAUUUGCAAGAUAAAGAUGAAGUAACCUUUGGUGAAGGUUGGCUUGUUGAUCCUAACAGUAUCAAUAUGGAGAAUUAUAAAUAUUUAGAUAAAAAGAAGGAGAAAAAGAGAUUGGAAGAUUUGGCAAAUAUCAGUAAAAUAAAUGAAAAGAAAUGUUUAAAGUUUGAAUUAAAAAAGAAGAAUAUGGCAUGGUCUAAUAAGACUGAUAGUAAAGAAAUAAGAGCAAAGAGAAGAGAGAAGAUGUCAUUGAAAAGGAAGGCUAUCGAAGCAGAAUUAGCAAAAAAUGAUAUUAAUGAUACUGAUUUUAAUGACGACGAAGAGGCUGUUGCAGAUUGGAAAGAGGAAAUUAUUGCAUCAAAGAAGAAGAAACAGAAACAGAAUAAUAGUAAUAUACAAGGGAGCUUUGAUGAUUUGUAG